CUGGGAGUCAAAACAAACGGUUACUAAGGUUACUAAGUAAGUAUCGAUUUUACCUGCAAAAGAAAAUCCUUAAAAAAUCUGAACUCUUCUCCUGAAAAAAUGAGCCAGAGUGACUUUUCCGCUGCCUUAGAACUCGAACAGACUGGAUAUGGCCAGACUUCCACUUACCAAGUCGAUGAUUUAAUGGAUAAACUCAAAUUGCUGAACUAUGAUCGUCUCUUGGUCAGAGAAUUGAAGAUUAAACCGCCAAACAGGAUGUAUUUUGCCAAGUCAACGAAUCCUGGUGAACAAUUCUUCAUGUUCACGUCCAUUUGUGCAUGGUUGAUGAGGAAAUUAGGCCAUCAAUUUGACCAACCCCAGGAAUUUGACGAUCCAAGUGCUACUAUUGCAAAAAUCAUAAAAAUCUUGCAGGAAAUGGACAUCCAUACGGACUUCCCAUCGAACAAGUUGAUUCAAGGAGCCGGACCUAUUUGUGUCUUUAUCCUGGAUUCCCUAGCAACGCAGGCCCUCAAAGUCGCCAAAAUCAAUCUAAAGCGUCCUGAAACUGUCCAGGAAGAAGAUACAGUCACAGAGAUGAUUGAAAAUGACUCAGAGAUUAUUUUGGAGAAAGUAGAGGAAGAACAAAAUGCUCUUAUGGCAGCAUCUGAGGACAGUGAUGAAGAAAAUUCUCUUCUAAAUCUCAAUGUGUCCGGGAGUGGUCAGAGAAAUCGGCAUCCAGCUCAAGAAUUUCACCUCAAGAACUACCGGGAAGACAGUAUUGCAGCCACAGAGAGUUGGCGUUUGGAACUUGAGAGAGUAAUGCCACAGUUGAAAAUUGUCGUGAAGAGUGAUCCAAGGGAUUGGCGGGCUCAUCUUGAGCAAAUGAAAAGCUUCAAGAGCACCAUUGAACAAGCAUCAUUGGACACAGAUGUGCAACUGAAGAAGCUUCAGACGGGCAUCGGGCAUGUAAUGGAGAAAAUUGAGAGCCGAGAGAAGCAUUUGAAUGCCGAACUUCAGCCCUUGAUUGCCCAAUACAGAACCCUAUCCGUGGAACUGAAGCAAUUAUCUCAGGUAAUCCAGGAAGUUGAUGGGGAAAAGACAGCAAAGGAACGCGAAUUGGCAGGGAUUCUCAAUGAAAUUGAGACAGUCAAGAUGCAAAUGGAACAGAGGGGUACGUCAAUGUCAACGGAUGGAAGCCCUCUGAUUAGCAUUAAAAAGGCCAUUGUGAAGAUCCGUGAGGAGAUACUUCAGAUGGACCUCAAGAUUGGCGUCCUGGAUCAUUCUCUCACUCAAGAGAUUGUUAAUCACAAUGCCCAAAUUGCUGAGUUGGCUCCAAUGACUAGCGUUUAAUAAAGAUUAUUA